UCAACGAGAACUACGUGAUCAGAGACACAAUCCUGAUCGGCGGUAAACCGGGCGGAAGGAUAACACUUUGGUUGAAUCCACCGUUUCUGAUAGACGCAGAGUAUACACACGGUACACUGCCAUGAGUCAUUUGUGCAUUCCCAGAAAGACGGAAGGGACUGCUUCGGUUUGAACACAAGUAAAAUAAUGUGGACAUCGCGUGCUUUUUUUCUCUUUACGUUCUUGCUGCUACCCUUUGCCUCUCUGGACGCCUGGAUGUUCGAGUGUCCCGGGAUCUGCCGGUGCUUCCCCGGUACCAUCAGAUGCAACAACCUAACGGAGCGGUCCGCGCACGUCCCCCAGAGACUGCUGGUGCUGAAACAUCUGAAUCAGAAGACAAUCUCCAGCCUCUCGUUUGACAGCCUGGGCAAGGUCGAGGACAUAGUAAUUUCUCAGAGUAUUAUCCUGGAAACCAUGGAGACCCUGGCCUUUAAUAACCUUCCGAGCGUGUCUUAUAUCUCCAUCCAGAACAUAAGAAGUCUUGUGCACAUUGGCAAAAAGGCGUUCAACAACUUACCAAAACUACGACAUCUGGGUAUCUUCAACACGGGGAUACAUGUAUUUACAGACCUGACCUCGGUUUGCUCUUUAGAACAAGACUUCAUCCUGUACAUAUGUGACAACCUCCAUAUCUUGUCUAUUCCACCCAACCACCUUGCUGGAAUGACGAGGGGAUACGUUAUCAUGAAGCUGUUCAACAACGGCAUCAGAGAGAUCCAUGAUUACGCCUUCAAUGGAACCAAGAUACACGAACUGGUCCUGAAUAACAACAGGAACCUGCAGAAGAUCCACGUCCAAGCGUUCCAGGGCGCAGAGGGCCCGGAACACCUAGACGUGUCGUCGACGGCGAUCGAGACCCUCCCGCUGCAGGGUCUGGAGCAGGUCCACACCCUGGUGGCCCAGGGGGCCUUCAGACUCAAGAGGCUGCCCCCCUUCACAGCCCUGCCUGCACUGACCAAUGCCCAGCUCACCUACAACAGCCACUGCUGCGCCCUGCACACCUGGAACACACACAGGGAUGAUCGAGUGAACGCUGCGAGUCCUAAUGACUCUACAUACCGCAAUGACAACAACUUGUCAUUCAGGGUCCUUGGUGUCGGCGGAGCCUUACUACCCCCUCUGUCUGUUGGCCCUAAUUCGUCUGACCUACUGAAGGAAGCAGCAUAUGUCGAUGAGGACUUUCAGUACUCACUGCUGACCUCUGCUCCACCCGGCCCCGUGUUCCAGUGCAGCCCAGAGGCCGACGCCUUCAACCCCUGUGAGGAUCUGGUCAAUUUCCCCUUCCUCCGAGUAGCUAUCUGGUUCAUCAGCCUGCUGGCCAUCGUGGGCAACCUCACCGUCCUCCUGGUCCUCUUCACCAGCCACGACAAGCUCAGCGUCCCUCGCUUCCUCAUGUGCCACCUGGCGUUCGCCGACUUCUGCAUCGCCAUCUACCUGCUGAUGAUCGCAUCCGUGGACCUGCGGACAAGUGGACACUACAGCACUCACGCCAUCGAAUGGCAGACCGGCCCCGGCUGCAGCGUGGCCGGCUUCCUGUCUGUGUUUGGCGGGGAGCUGUCCGUGUAUACACUGGCCACUAUCACACUGGAGCGCUGGCACACCAUCACCCACGCCCUGCAGCUGGAGCGCAGGCUGGCGCUGGGGCAGGCGGCCGGGGUGAUGGCCGGAGGCUGGCUGCUCUGCCUGGGCUUGGCGCUGCUCCCCCUGGUGGGCGUGAGCAGCUACAGCAAGGUGAGCAUGUGUCUUCCCAUGGACGUCCUCACCGGGCCGGCGCAGGCCUUCAUCCUGCUCCUCCUGCUCUUCAACGUGGGAGCCUUCCUGGUCGUCUGCGUCUGCUACGUCCUCAUCUAUCUGGCGGUGAGGAACCCAGAGUUUCCGGGGCGCAGCGCGGACACCAAGAUCGCCAAGCGAAUGGCGAUCCUCAUCUUCACAGACCUGCUCUGCAUGGCGCCCAUCUCCUUCUUCGCCAUCUCGGCAGCCUUCAAGGCUCCCCUCAUCACCGUCACCAACUCCAAGAUCCUAUUGGUGCUCUUUUUCCCCAUCAACUCCUGCGCCAACCCCUUCCUGUACGGCAUCUUCACGCGGGCUUUCCGCAGGGAUGCCUACCUGGCCCUGAGUGGCCUGGGCUGCUGUGAGAGCAAGGCCAGCACGUACCGCAUGAAGGCCUACAGCUCCGAGAACGUGAUGAAGAGCAGCUCCGGGUCCAGCCUCAGGGGUCCUCACGCCGCCCUCAGGAUGGUCGAGAUCCAGCAGCAGACCUGCAUCCUCAACCAGGAGGAGGAGACAUCUUAAACACUUCAGCACCGGUGUCGAGCCCUGCUUCCGCAGAGCUGCCUCCUGCUAGGUUUUCACUCCCACAUAAUCUAGCACACUUGGUUGUAAUAGUUACCUGGUUGAUGUGUUGAAUCACUUAAGGUACAACUGGGGUUGGAUCAAAAACCUACUGGCAGGUAGUUCUUGAGAAGGCUUGGGGAGCUCUGGACUACAACCAAGGCUGCAGUGUUACCUGUGAUUCAUGUCUAGAAUGGGGGAGUCAGGUGGCUGAGUGGUUAGGAAAUCGGGCUAGCAAUC